AUGGCUCCGUCGGCUCCAUCCAUGCUCCGCCAUCUUGACCCGUCUCGGCGCCCCGGGGAGAGCCGUUCCACCACAGUGCUCUCCCCUGCUCUGGAUCAGGCCGUGUUUUUCCUCCGCAGCCACGCCGUCACGCUUUCCGCAGCUGAUGGGGUCAACGUCUCCUCGUCGAUGGCUGUGGGGAAGGCACUGGAGGCCCAGCUCUCCGUGCCAGUGCACUCCCUGCGGGUCACGGCUCACCACCCCGAGCACUUCUUCGUCACCUUCACGCAGCCAGCUCACCAGGUGAACGCCGUGCGCCGGGGCUCCAUCCGCGUCGACGGCGCUUGUUUCAACAUCAGCCCGUGGCACGAGCACGACCUCGCCACGUUCGACUCCCUCCUGCUCCACGUCCGCGUCGUCGUAGAGAAAUUUUUUAUGCACUUUUGGUCGGUGGAGGGGGCGGAAGAGAUCCUCGGUAGGCGGGUGCGCGUCGACCGCCUCGACAGCCGGACCCUAGAGCGGGGGUGGAGGACUGGACGCCGCCCUCUCCACGCUCCUCCCACUCCGUCCAGAGCGGUCUGCCGUCGUCCGGCUCCGACGACGAUGACUCCCCCUUCCCGAUGGUGGCCCCUGCAUCUUGGACGAUGGGGGUGGAGGACGGCCAAAGGAGCGACCGCAUGCAUCGCCUGGCUCAUGCCCCCGUUACCAGCCUGGGUUGCCGGGGCGGCCCUAGGGACGGCCGCUCGAGAGACCGCGACGACGAGGGAGGACCGGGUGCAGGUGGACACAGGUCCUGGAAGGACGUCCUCCUUUGCCGCGGCGCCUCGCGUGCUCCUCGCGCUACGCCUUCGCAGCGCCGUCGAAGCCGAUCCCCGCCGGCCAGGCGCGGAUCGAGGGAGUCCUCGGGCCGUCGCUCGGGGGCUGGGAGGACCACUGCGCCAGCUAGACGCCAGUCGAGGCCCUCACGUGAGAGCUCCACUCCUGCAGGGGCUCCCAAGGCCACGGUCUCCGCCGCUGCGGCCACCCAGCCCACCCCUGUUGCGAGGACCAACGCCAGCGGGAAGGACCCGGUCGAGGAAUUCUUCAGGACGGCCAAGAAGCCCACCAUAG